UUCAGAUCUUGACUUCCAGUCCAUGAAUACGACCAUGGGCUGCAUCUCUCACACAUCGCUGCAGAUGCCGGAGGCUGGUGAGGAGACAUGGGCGGGCAUAGGCCGGGAAACCGUGGGGCCUCAAAUGAUGCCAAUACCCCAAUACCACCCUCUGAUGGCGGCGGCGAGUGGUGGUCAGGGGGUCAUUCAGUGGGGUGAGGAGAGGCCCUACUCUUGCAAGAUGUGCGUACAAACCUUCACAUCGGAAGCCCACCUCAACGUGCACCUGCGCACGCACAUGGCCACGAGGCCAUUCCGCUGCGUCACGUGCGGCAGGUGCUUCUCAAACAGUAGCAGCCUGAAUGUCCACGAGCGGACACACAUGGUUGAGAAGCCGUAUUGCUGCAGCGUAUGCGCGCAGACCUUCUCGCAUCUCAGCAGCCUCAAGCGGCACCAGCGCACGCACACGGGUGAGAAGCCCUAUCACUGUGAUGUAUGUGGACAGGCCUUCACGAACAAGCGCAACAUGAAGUACCAUCGAAGCAAGCACGAGGAAAUGGCGCUGCCGCAGUGAUGCCAACUCUUGGCACAAUGGUCUGGUGGACAGGUGUGCAUGUAGUGGGUUCUGUGCGCAGCGUCCCGUG